GAGACUACUCACUGUAGACCCUCUCUCUCUCCUCCGCCUCUAUUUAAUGUCGCCACCUCCUUCAUUCGCUUCUCAUUCCAACUCAAAAUCUCUCUCUUCCAACUGCACUCUUUCCAGAUCUCAGCUAGGUAAAGAAUGGCAGCUCUUGCACUCCUCUUCCUCGGUUUUCUCGGAACGGCGUCGUUCGUCCGAGGCGACGGCGGUGGUUGGACUUCCGCACAUGCAACAUUCUACGGAGGCAGCGACGCAUCCGGCACAAUGGGUGGCGCGUGCGGCUACGGGAACCUCUACAGCCAGGGAUACGGCACCAACACCGCCGCGCUGAGCACCGCCAUGUUCAACAACGGCCUCAGCUGCGGCUCCUGCUACGAGAUCCGCUGCGCCGACGAGAAGAAGUGGUGCCUCCCCGGAUCUAUCACGGUCACCGCCACCAAUUUCUGCCCGCCCAACAACGCCCUCCCCAACAACGCAGGCGGCUGGUGCAACCCUCCCCUCCACCACUUCGACCUCUCUCAGCCAAUCUUCCAGCACAUCGCUCAAUACAAAGCUGGAAUCGUCCCCGUUUCUUACCGGAGAGUCGCCUGCAACAGGAAGGGCGGGAUAAGGUUCACCAUCAACGGCCACUCCUACUUCAACCUCGUACUCAUCACAAACGUCGGAGGCGCCGGCGACGUCGUCUCCGUCUCGGUCAAGGGCUCAAAAUCCGACUGGCAGCAAAUGUCGAGAAAUUGGGGCCAGAACUGGCAGAGCAACUCGAACCUCAACGGCCAGAGCCUCUCCUUUAAGGUGACGACGAGCGACGGCCGCACUCUCGUCUCCAACAACGCGGCGCCGGCGAGCUGGUCGUUCGGGCAGACCUUCUCUGGAGCUCAAUUUUGAGGACAAAAUUACUAAGUGUGGUAUUUUUUAUUUUUAAAAAUAUAUAUAGUAUAGAAUGGUCACGUUUAUUAGUAGUGUGUGACUAUUGUUUGUUUUAGGGGUGAAAUUGGGAUAGGACUAGUUUUAUAUGGUCCUCUUUUAAAAACGCCCAAUUUAUGAUGGGUGUUUUUUAGUACUUUUAUCUUUUUCUGUGUGUUUAAAGGAAAAGAAAAUGGGUGAGGUGGUAUAAAGGGUGUACCGCCCGCUUAUUAAAUAGUACUGUUUGGAGGCCUUUUUUUAUUGCUCCUGAUUCGCCUUUGUUGGCUGAAAUUUGAAAUUGGGUUUGUUUUGUAAGCUCAAUUUUUAUAGUAAUGAAAUGAAAUGAAAUUUCUGGGUUU